UCUCAUCAUCACCACCCCCAAAUCCCCCAACCAAAGAAAUCUCUCUUCGGGAGGAAGAGAGAGAGACAACGAGAUGGAGAAAAACAACUCCCCACCCUACUCUAUUCUCCUUCUCGUCCUCUUCUUCUCAUCCUCCUCCUUCCUCUCCGUUGCCUCCUCGUCGUCGAUUCUAAACGACUCAACGAUCUCGAACCACAGGUCGCUGCCCCACCACAGGAAGAAGGGCGGUCACGUCCAGUACGUGACCCACAACGUCCUCCACUACGGUGCCAAGGCCGACGGAGUGUCGGACUCGACGCCAGCCUUCUCUCAGGCUUGGGAGGAGGCCUGCAAGUCGUCGAGGCCUGCCUCCGUACACGUGCCCAAAGGUACCUACAUGUUGAAGCCCAUCGUGUUUUACGGGCCGUGUCAGAGCAAGAUGUUGUUCCACGUCGAGGGCAAAGUGGUUGGGCCCAAGCAUUACUGGGAGUUCGGGAAGUCGGGGUUCUGGAUCCUGUUCUACAAGCUCGAGAAGCUCACCAUCCUCGGUGGGACCUACGAUGCUCAAGGGUCGGAUUACUGGGCCUGCCGAAAGAGCCAAAGCCAGUGCAGUCAAGGAACUAAGUCCAUAACAAUCAUACAAUCGCGAAACGUCGUCGUAAAGGGGAUCAAGUCGCUGAACCCGCAGAUGUUCCACCUGGCGAUAGACCACUGCCACCAGGUCCUGCUGAAGAAGCUCUACAUCGAGGCUCCGACCCGGAGCCCGAACACCGACGGGAUCCACAUCAUGUCGUCGGAAGGGAUCACCAUCGCCGGAGCGGUCAUCAAGACCGGCGACGACUGCAUCGCGAUUGGGCCCGGGACCAAGAACGUGCACAUCCGCGGGGUCCAUUGUGGGCCGGGCCAUGGGAUCAGCAUCGGGAGCCUUGGGCUGCAUACCCACGAGGCCGGCGUGGAGAACGUGUUCGUGACGGACUCGGUCAUGACCCGGACCCAGAAUGGGCUCCGGAUCAAGUCGUGGGGCCGGAAGACCACCAGCUUCGUCAGGAACGUGGUCUUUGAGAACAUCGCCAUGGAGAAUUCGUAUAACCCCAUCAUCAUCGAUCAGAAUUACUGCCCAUAUAACAAGAACUGCCCUGGAAUGGGUUCCGGCGUGAAGAUCACGGGAGUAACGUACAGGAACAUCCAUGGCACGUCGGCGUCCCCGAUCGCGGUGAAGUUCAUGUGCAGCGCUAGCCGGCCGUGCACGGGUCUCCAGCUGCACAACGUGAAGCUGACGUACCACAAAGCAAUCGCGUCGUCGGUCUGCACACAUGCCGGCGGUGGCGUGAGCGGCGUCGUCAGCCCUAGGAGCUGCUUCAGGAAGUGAUGACAGGUUGAUGACUACGUAACGCAGAACGUAGUGACACGUGGAUACACUUCCAUAAUUUUUUUAGUUUUAUUUAAUUGUUCUGUCAUAAUUUUGCUACCACUAUUAUUAUUGCUUCUCAAUUAAGGUUUUUUUUUUUUUUUUUGUAAACUUAAGAGAUCGUUUAAAUUUACCGCUGUUCUAAUUAAAUUUCUUGUUAUUUUGGACGACGAUAUUUUAUUUGUGAAUUGUUCUUUUGAAUGGAGGACUUGUGAAUUGAUACUAAGUAUCACUUUAGUCCCUUUUCUUUCGAUUAGAUUACUUAAAAUACGAGAAAUUAUUCAAUAUCAAAUACACAAUCGAGUAUCGACCCAUUUCUUUUGAGUCAAAAAAAAUUCCCUUUCAUUUCUUCAUUUUUAUUUCCUUUUCUUUUGUGGUGUAGAAGAGCCCUAAUGGUGACACCUGGAAUGGACCCAGAACCCAAAUUGAAUGGACUGGCCACAUUUAAGCAGCCAGGAGGCUUCAUAGUUCAUAUACGGCCCAAUGGAUUCGGCUUUUGAUAUUCGGCUAAAUAAUUGGAGUUUGGCGAUGUCCUCUUCAUCAGCCCAUUGGCGAUAACAACCAACGAAGGCCAACUAUAAGCUCCAUCUUCGCUUUCACAACCCUCCAUCCUUUCAUGGUAAAGAACCCUAGCUACCCGGGUCGAGCUCAAAUCGAACAUUCGAAUACGCAAUACGAAACGGUCAAGUCCACAUAUCAAAAACUCUGUCAUCGAUAACAUGUUAACUACGUCUUGAAUAUACAUACUUUCAAGUUUCAAUCAACUACUACGUUGUAAUACUAGAAUUGAUGAUAUAUAUGCAGUUUUGUGUCGCUCUAACGCGUAACACAUUAUUCAAUUACGAAAACCUUAAACUCAUUUUUAAUACUCCAGAAAACAGGAUGAUAUAGUUUUGAGCAUUUCUACUAUGCUAUAUAGUAUUGGUGCUUUAAUGUACAACUUAAAGUUGUACCAUACAUGAAAUGUAUAAGUUUAGAUUGUACCAUAAAAGAAUUUGCAUCAUUAUGUUAUGGUACAACUUUACAACUUGAAGUUGUACCAUCACAUAAAGGUACAAGUUCAAGUUGUACCAUAAAAGAAUUUGUACAAAAAGUAUAGGUACAAUCUGAAAUUGUACCAUAACAUAAAUGUAUAAUUUUAAGUUGUACCAUAAAAACAAAAACCUAUAGCACCAAUACUAUAUAGCAUUGUAAAAUUCCUCUAUAGUUUUUGUUUUAAGAAAUGCACAAGUAGUGACGAAGAAGAACACACACGAGGAGGUGGGCCACGUAGGCGCGUUUCUUGUUUGCAGCUUAGCUAAUACCAAAAGCCAAAUUAUUAACUAAGGCAAUAAGUCGGCCACAAUAUAUAAUAUAUAAAUGGGUCUUUUAUUGAUUAAACAAUUUGAGGGGGGGGGGGGGGGAAGGCAGAGAGAGCAAAUUAAGGGUUCGAUUUGUAAUUAUCACGCAAGAUGAAAAGAAUAGUAAAGAAAGAGGGAAGACUCCUUUGGAAGAAGAAGAAGAAGAAAACUGGAGGAUUGAUUAGGGUGAUUAAGAUAUUACAUUAUUAAUAAUAAUAUAUAAGACACAUGUAACUUAUUUCAAAUUGGACCAACCAAAGUUGUUCACUUGUGACUAAAUGAUUGUGAGAGGAUCAUAUUUAUGAUGCAUAAGAGACCCAUCGCUCAAGAGUGAUGAAUUGACUCUCGAAUCACGUUUUUCUCUAUAUCUUUUGGUAUGCAUGAAUUGCCAGACAUUCAUCUCCUAUUCUUCGCUCCAUCAUGAUAGAAGACAACAUAAACAUCUCGUUGAUACACCUCAUGCUUUUUCAUUUUUUUCUUAGAUCUCACUCUUUUAUUUUUGUUUUUUCUUGAUGUUGUGUAUCGCCUCACUAUGAAUGAGAAAAUACGUGGAUUAUCUAAAUUAUAUAGCACAACCAUACACUUAAUUCUCUUACAAUUUUUAACAACUCAAACAAUGGGUUUAUUUUUUAUUUUUUGUUGGACCCGUUGAAUAAUAAAUUCAUCAAUAUUGCUUUUCAGGAUGCAUUACUAUAUAUAUAUAUUAUGCUUAGGUAUAAUGAAAUGAAAUUCCAGACAUGCUACUUUGUUUAUUGUUUGUGUGAUAGCAUUGUCACGCUAAUGACAAACAAUUACGAAAAAAAUAAUGAUGAGAAUUAAAGAAAAAAUGAGAAGGCGGUCAUGAAUAUUACAUUCACAAUAAUUAAUUAUUUUUUUGUGUUCUGUCGUUUUGUGGGCCGUGCAACAUGGCAACAUGGACUUUUUGCUGCCGUUUUGAAAACGGCAAAAGGGGCCAAAGGAAGGAAAGGAGGAAAGAAAGGGAGAUUUCAAAGAGCAAUAUGUAACAUGGACCCCCAACAUGAAGUCACUUGUAUGAAAAUAUCGAAUUGGACAAACUUAUAAUAUCACAAAUUCUCAACAAUUAUUUAUCGGUAAAAACAAAAAUUAAAAAAGAAUGAGAACGAUCUUAUAUGUAUAUUCGUUCAAACGAAAAAUAUAAAGAUAUGAAAAUUAUAUAAGUUAAUUAUUUCAAAGAUUGCAUAGGUUCAUUAUCUCAUGUGCAUCAACUUGUAGUUAGUAAUUUAGUAUUGGACCUAAAGAUUGGGUACGUCCAUUACUCCUUGUGCAUCAACCAAAGAUUGGUAUGGAGGGUUAUUUAGGAUUCAUGCACAUAACCUUUUUGUUUAAAGACUAUAAUAAUAAUACCAUGUUUGUGAUUGGUUCAUUUCAUACCUCAAGUUGUAAUAAGCAAUUGUCAUUAUUAUCAAUAUUUACAAAUUACAUGUACUCAUACCUUGUUGAUAGCAGAAUACAUAUCGAUAGAUACUAUCAAUCGACUCUCCACGUAGUUACACAUGUUGCAUCGAAAGAUACCUUGUUGAUAAUUCGUAAAUAAUAUCACUACUAUGGAUCCAACAACUCAAAUCUCGGUAGGGUGAAUCCAAUGAUGCAGCAUUUGCUAUUAUUAACCCAACCCAACAAUGGCCAUCCUCUCUUCUUCUAGAACAGUGAUUCAACUUGUAUACUUCUGUAGUAAAAAUAUAUAUAUAUAAUCAAUGCCAUGCGUGACUCCACAAAGAACACUGUUUAUUUGACUUGCUCCCAUCAAUUUUAACUUGGAAAGAAAAUGGGGGGAAGGUAGGAAAGAAAAGUGAAACAUGAAAGCUGUGAUGUGAUGAAUUAUAAAAUUUAUAAACAUUUAAGCAAGGUUCAUGCAUGGAGGAGAUGAAGAGAACAAGAAGGCCAGUUAAGUUGCAGCAGAACAAGAAUGGUGUGUUUCGAAAUUCGGAGUUUUUAGAUUCGAAAUUUGAUAUUAUAAUUGGGAUUUAAAAGAGUGCGUCUAAGCGCAGGCAAAGCUAAAACGUAGUGCUUAUAUGUUUCAUGACAAAUUAGGUAUCCAGAACGCGAUGGCAUGAUGUUAUUUAGGCGUAAUUAAACGGAACUAGACACUCAAUAAUAUUCAUAGGAGAAAUUAAGUACGAUUUAGUGCAAGUUGGGAUGGGUAAAAAAUUGAUGGAUUUGGUUUGGUGGGCUUCCCCUCGUACAAUCUCGACAUCAGAGGCCACAUAACAUAACUACGAGAGAGGACAUGGGCCAUUGUACCAUCAUUGGCAUCUUUCUCUUGAACUAGAAGCCAGCCACCGAAACCCUGCAGUUUGGAACCAUUUUAUUAUAAACGGCGAAUACAUGUAAUAUGUAUCUAUAAGGGUGAUUUGAAAGUUGGGAGUGUAUGAAUAUGUGUAUUCUUACGAUGUAUGUAUUCUAAGUGUAGUGAUUGUAAGAAAUAGAUGAUUGUAAGAAUAUGUUGUUUGUUAGUUAUGAUUCUCACUUUUAAAGAAUAUAAGGAUUCUCACUUUAAUGACCAAAAAGACUUAUAUAACCUUGAAGUUCUCUUUAUAUAGUCAAUUAAAGAAGGGGCAAAUAUGAAAUAUAUAAAAAAAUAAGGAUAAGAGGUGCAAAAAAGCAAUUACAAAAGUAAAGCAAGUGAAUCUCACCUUUUUGUAGAGAUUUUAAAAUGAAUGAUUCUAGCCAUUUGAGAUUCUAAGUACCAAUCAAAUGCAUGCAUUCUGGAUAAGUUUAUGUCAAAAGAAGGAUAGAUUGUAAAGAAUACACACAUUCACAAAAUCACUCAUUUAAGAGUUCGUUUGGAAGUUGCGAUUGUUUGGUUGAGAUUGUCAUUAUGCAUACAUUGUUUACAAUGCUUUGUUUUUUUGUUUUUUUAGCAGAAACAAUACAUGGAUUGUUUCUGUGAUGUGACAGAAACUAUCACUCAUUUUGAGUGAUUGUUAUAUCUCAACUUUUAGUUGUGAUUGUUGAGAUAGUUGAGUUGAUAUUGUUUUGUCUUAGCUUUUAGCUGAUGCGACAUACAUAAUCACACAUACCAAACGUUGUAUUCUACAACGCAUCAAAUUCGACAAUACAUGUAUAAUAUUAUACAUGCAUUCUCAACAAUACAUCUAUUUAACAAUCGCAACUUCCAAACGACCCCUUAAACUCCUAACUUCCAAACGACCACAAUAUUGUACUGUAGAAUGCAUUAUACAUUUAUUAAAUAUAAAUUUUAUGUGAGAAAUUAUAUAAGAUAAGUUUAUUUCAUGUAUGAUUAUGUAUAUUAAAUUUAUUUUUACUAUCUGACCCAUAAUCUCAAUAUACACAUUAACAUAUUUACAUUGCUUCUUAAAUCAAAGGCUCCAAAUUGAUCAUCCCUUAUAUUCAAUGAAAUGUUUGACUAUAUCGGACCCAUUACAUAAUUCACUUUGAACUAACACAAGACAAUUUCCGACUCUCGUUUAUUCUCUAUACUUAUAGCUAAUUAGAAGGAAUAUGUAUGCUAUCUUUUAUAAAUGUUUAUUACUUCAUAUGAAGUGACAUGAAGUGGUGGAUCGAGUUAGGUAGAAGGUAGAAUGGGUUGUAGACUCCCCAAUACUUUGAAAUAUAUAGUAAGUACAAGUAAAUUAUGUGCAAUUUUACGAAUUAAAAUAGUCAAUAAGGUUUUAGUCCUCCUCCCCUAGUUACCACAUUUCAAGUCCACUAUCUUUGUUUAGAUUUCUGAUUUCGUCACUGACAACACGUUAAUUAAACAUGAAGGACAUGAAUAUUUGAUGAUUCUUAUUAUGUUACUCCCCCUAAACUUCUAACACAAGUUGGGCAAUCGAUUUGUGAGUGUUUGGAGAUUGUAGAAAUGUGUUUUUUUUUCCCUAUCUACUUUCACAAUAGAAGCAAAACCACAUACACACCCACUUUUGCUGGGUUCCUCAAUAAUUACUUGUGGAUGUUGCAUAUGAAUGUGCAAUGGCGGACCUAACAAGCUUGCCUUCUCUAUUAUAUAGGACCCAAAAGAACAACAGUUUUUUUUAUACUUUCCAUUCCAUUUAUAUCCGGCUUUAAUUCAAGUAAAGAUUACAAAUUUCUCAUAUAAUUGAAAAUUUAGAGGUGGAAUUCUAUGGUUUUGUAGUGAGGAAGUGAGAUAAUGGGAGAUGAGAUGAACAAGUUGGUGCAUGAAGCUGUAAAUUAGAACUAUUUUCUUGUCGCAAAUAAUGAGUGUAAAUAAAUUUCCAAAUCAUAUCGAAUAAAGAUAAAAUCAGAAU